AUGUUUUGCCGAAUCGGAGGACAGGCGCUUCGUAGCGCUGGGCGUCGCUCGGUUGCACGCCCCAGGCUAUAUGCUCGCAACUUUUCUGCGCAGUCCGGUACCACUGCUACCACUGCUGCGUCCGCUCCUUCACCACUAGCAGGAAUCACCUCCGAGCUAGACCGCAUUGCUCCCCGAUUUGAAGUGCCUGCGUCGCAGAUCACCAUUAUUGAUUCUCCAGCGAAUUUCUAUUCCACUCUAAAGGAUAAAAUCCUCAAAGCUCGGCGGCGUGUUUACCUCUCCACCCUAUACAUCGGCAAAACGGAAUUCGACCUGAUCGAUACAUUGAGCCAGGCUCUUCGCGAUAACCCCGAUCUACAAGUCUCAGUCCUUACGGAUGCUCUGCGUGGCACACGAGAGACACCGAACCCUUCAUGCGCAUCACUCCUUUGUUCGUUAGUCGAGAAGUAUGGUCCGGAGCGGGUUGAGAUUCGGAUGUUCCAUACGCCUAAUUUGACCGGCUUGAGAAAGCAAUGGAUUCCUCGUCGAAUUAACGAGGGCUGGGGCUUGCAACACAUGAAGCUUUAUGGAAUCGACGACGAGAUUAUUCUCUCAGGCGCGAACCUGUCUGAGGAAUACUUCACAAGCCGCUUGGAUCGGUACCAUGUCUUCGCCUCCAAGGCGCUGACCGAAUACUAUGCUCAAAUUCACCAUGCAAUCUGCAGUUUGAGUUUCCAGAUUCUACCAGACCCCGAGAACGAGUCCUAUAUUUUGGACUGGCCUAGCUCAAACGGUGCGCCAUCGCCUCUCGACAGCCCUCAGGACUUUGUCGCUUAUUCGUCGACCUUCCUGAACCCGCUCAUUCAGGCAUCUGACAAUAAACCCGCUGAUCCAUCCGAAUCCAGCCAAACCUUUGUAUACCCUGUUUCACAGUUCACGCCGCUAUUGAAACCCAAGGAUACCUCUACCGAAUAUCCUGCCGUAACUACGAUCCUUCGUAUGUUGUCCAGCUCGUCUGCAUUUGCUGGUGCCCGCUGGCUCUUCACGGCAGGAUAUUUCAAUAUCCACCCCGUCCUUUCCUCCCUCUUGAUCUCCAGUACCUCCGCUGCCCAGCACAAUCCCUCUACCACACAAGGCACUGUCUUGACAGCUUCUCCGUGGGCCAAUGGAUUCUAUGGCUCCCCGGGAAUCUCAGGCAUGCUCCCAGCCGCCUACACCCACCUUUCGGCACGAUUCCUCGAUCGUGUCGCUGAGGCACAGGCUACCAGUUCCAUCCAGCUCAAGGAAUGGCGCAAGGGCACUGUGGGCACACCAGGUGGCUGGACAUACCACGCCAAGGGCCUUUGGGUCACUCUGCCCAACGAGGAACACCCAAGUCUUACGUUUGUUGGUAGCAGCAACUACACAAAACGCAGCUAUAGUCUCGACAUCGAAACCGGCGCUCUAGUUGUAACAAACGACCCGGAUCUCAAGCAGAAGUUGGGCGAGGAGACAGAGCGACUCCAGAAGGACGCCAGCCCCGUCUCGAGAGAUGACCUCAUGCAGACGGAGAGACGUGUCGGGUGGAACGUGAGGCUCUCCAUGUGGAUCGUGGAGAAGGUCGGCGGUGCCUUCUAA